UGCAGUGAUAUAUCGAAUUUUCAUUUAAUUUUUAUUUAUAUUUUAUUAUUAAUUUUAACAAUGGACACAAUUCUAGUGGAAAGUGUUUAUACAGAAAAUGGUAGUAGACAAAGCAGACAGGAAACUGUGUCACUUGGACGAUGUAUUUUAAUUCUUAGCCAAUCAUGUCCGGAUUCUGAUGUUAAUUUUUAUUUGUAUAAUCGAAAGUAUUCUGAAGUUCCAGAACCAAUUCAUGUUGGGGAAACAUUAUCCGAUACAAAUAUUACAAAAUCUAGUUUUAAUAGAAAUUUACCGACAAAAAUUAUUAUACAUGGAUAUAAUUCCGAUAUGUUUUUAAGUGUUUUAGUUGAAAUUAAGCAUCAAUAUUUAAUAAAAGGCGAUUAUAAUAUUUUUGCCGUUGAUUGGGGUAAAUUAGCACCCGCUCCAUGUUAUCCCAGUGCUGUAAGUAAUUCUCGACAUGUUGGAGCAUGUACUGCCCAAUUAAUUGAACGAUUGCGUGAUUUGGAUGUAACUGAUAUUCAUGUUAUUGGAUUUAGUUUAGGAGCGCAUGUUGCUGGUUUUGCAGCAAAUAAUUUAAGGCCUUAUAAGCUACCACGAAUAACUGGAUUGGAUCCAGCAAUGCCACUAUUCACUUUUGUUACAAGAGAUAACAAAUUAGAUGAAACAGACGCGGAAUUUGUGGAUGUUUUUCAUACGAAUGCAUUUAUUCAGGGAAAAAUCGAGCCUUCAGGACAUGUAGAUUUUUAUAUGAAUGGAGGAGUUACGCAGCCUGGUUGUUGGGCUGAAGAAAGAUUUUUUGCAUGUAACCAUCAUCGAGCACCUUUAUAUUUUGCUGAAUCAAUCAAUAGUAAUCUCGGAUUUUGGGGAUGGCCCUGUACAAACUUUUUUAUGUAUCUUAUUGGCCUUUGUCCACCCAGUGAACCUCAAAUAUUAGCCGGGGAUCCAGUGAAAAAAGAAUCUCGUGGAUUUCAUUUAGUUAUUACAGACUCCGUAUCACCAUAUGCAGUUGGUGAAUUUACCAAACCUAUGAUUGAAAUUAUUAAAAAGAAAAUUAGUAAAGAAAGAGAACUUUACCGUAAAGAAAUUGAGCACAAAAAACUUGUACAAUAUAAACGAGAAAUUUUAGAUUGUGAUUAUCUUUAG